AUGGGGAGAUCCAGUCCACUGGAGGACGAAUGCAGGCUAACGCCCAAGUCGGAAGACGCUGAAACCCACCAAAGCAAGAACAUGUAUGCGAAUACAACACGAACGACGGCAGAAUGUACCAUGCAGCGGUCAAACUUCGCCUUCUCCUCGUCCGAAAUCGGCUUAAAAGCAGGUGACGGAAGAUCAUACAGCGUCGCAACGCGUUCCAAACCAUGGUUAUUCAAAUCUGCUCGCAUCGCAUCCGUCACGCAAAACCCUGCCACAGCGCGAGAUCCGAAAUGGAAUUCCACCCAGCGACAGACGGACACAAGCGGAUGGGUGGGCUUCAGGGGAAGCUGUUUGAGAAAAUUCAUGCUCGCUUUUCACACAAUCGUGAACCUUGGAUUUACGGCUGUUCUAGUAUUGAUGGUGAUAUUUGCACCCAUUGAGAAAACUUUGGAGGAAUGGGGUCUGCCGGUCGUGGCUUGAACGGUUUCCAAAGAUAAUUGCCUUGGUUGUAUCAGUGCGCUUCAGAACUACAAUUUUUCUACCGAAAGCCCUCCGAUUCUUGACAGUUCUAUGUAUUGCCUUCCGCUGGUAGCAAUUUUUACGGCAUUAUGUGAAAUGUCUUCCUAGGCCAACGACCGUAACAGUUUCUGGAACUUGCAGACUGCUUAUUGGGACCAUUUAGGAAUCUUUCUCUGAGACUUGGUAGGACAAGAUAAGAAUCGAUUUAUCUUGACGCUUUGUGCUAAAAAAUAAACAAGGGUUGUCGCGAUCUUGUUGAUUAUCAAAGAAUGAAGCUUGAACUAUUGUUCCGGCGAUUUGAUAUACUGUAUAAUAUAUGUGAAAAAGUGAUGAGUGAACUGUUGACAAAUUUUCUAUUCACGCCCCCUCAAGAAAAUUAAUUCAUAAAAUUUUUAAAUUUAGAAAACCUGAUUAUUGCAGGAAGGUUAAAAAGCCGUUCACUGAAACAUGAUGUAUUUCCAAAAUGUGCUUUGAUGUACGACUUGUGCGAAUUAUUAUACAAUGAGCGAUGAAUAGAUGAAAUUUUUUCGCACUGC